AUGUGGUAUGCUUAAAUACUCAACUCACUUGAAGUUGAUGACUUCUCAGAAGAGCUGCUCCAAGAUAUCACCAACCAUCUUCAAUCGAUCUCUGUGACUGAUUUCUCCAAGGGAUACCAAAUCAUUGUCACAGAACUAGCAGAUAUGGGAUAUGAGUUUAUGUCCAAGAAUUAAUUGCCAAGCACUCAACUAAUCAUUUAAUAUCUAUAGCUAUGGAAUCAGGAAGUAUGCACCUUCUCCAACCUAUGGGUUCUGCAGAAUCUGGAAAUCGCUUACCAAAUUAAGAUCAAUCGCAUUACGCAAGCAAGAGCUCGUCUACUGGCAUUAAUUGAUGAAUAACAAUACUAUAGCAUUGGAGGAACUGUGUCUCAGAUUUAUGAAUCCGCCCUCUCUCUUUAUCACUUUUGUACUAUAGACAAUCAGAGCAAACAGCAAGCAUUAUAAGCAAUUCUGAAACUGUAACAACUUAUAAUUAAGUCUUUGGAACCAAAGUUAGAUAAAAAGGUGCAUCUGUUAAUGGCCAAAUUAUACGAACGAAUGGCCUAGCUAGAAAAGGGGGCUUAUGAAUCCAAUCAAUUCUGCAUUUAGGCUUACAAAGUAGCAAGCCAAGUUCUUACUCCAGAUGAUUCCCUGUUGCAAUACUAUGAAUCACAUAUUCAGAUAGACAAUCAGCAAUCACAGCCUCCAAAGCCACUGUCCAUUACUCAUUUGUAGGAGAACACAGUGUUGUUGGAGGAGAGAGAUGUGGUGAUCAGUGAUUAGGCAGGUUUAAUGAGAGUUACCUACAACCACAAGGCCAAGGAACUUACGAUAUUGUUUUUAAAUAUGAAAUGCAUAUUUAAUUUAUCAGAUAUUGAGAAUGAGAUCACAAUAUACAAUUUAUAAAGUCUACCUGUCUUUUUGAAUGAAUUUGUUAAUGUGGUAAGUUAAUAAUUGAUUCUUGAAGAGACUUUGAUCAUUUCAACCAACCUUAUAGGAUUGGAGUCGUUUGAAAAACAAGUUCAAAUCACCCAAAAGACACGCGGACAUUAUUUUGCCUACUUCACAGAAUAAGUACUAGAUUAUAUGGAUGAUGAAUCAGUACAACCACUAUUGAUCUAAUGA